AUGGAUUCCAUGGGGUAUUUAUCUUUCCCCAUUCUAUCAAUCCCCAUCUCCUCGGGCCGUCAUGUCGGACUGAGUUCGGACUGCUUCAGAGAUGGUUUUGUCGCUCUGAGUGGCGCAGCUGCAACCAAGUGGGGCUCUCUGCGUGGCUUGGCCGAGCUUAGCCCUCCUAUCAUGCAUUGUGGCUUUGAGAUCACCUGGAGGCGGAAGAAGACGAAUAUCAUCUGCCGAGCCCCUUCGGCAGCGUUGGCACAGGUGGCUUAG